CCCGGGAGCCGCCGCCCGCUGCUCCCGCUGCGCUCGCCGCUGCCGAGCGCCCGCACCGCGCACCGAGGCACAGACAGAGGCCCCCUCACUAAACAAGCUGAAACAGCUGCUGCUACAGACUGGAAAAAAAAAUUGACUCCGGAGCAAUUCUAUGUUACACGAGAAAAAGGAACUGAACCGCCAUUCAGUGGGAUCUAUCUGAAUAACACAGAAUCAGGUAUAUACUGCUGCGUGUGCUGCAAUGCCCCCCUCUUCAGCUCAGAGAAGAAGUACAAUUCUGGGACUGGAUGGCCAUCAUUUUCUGAGGCUUAUGGUACUUGUGGCAGAGAUGAAAGUAAUACCAAUAUCAUGAGACGACCAGAUAACUCACUGGGGUCAACUAGAACUGAAGUCAUCUGCAAACAGUGUGAUGCCCACCUAGGUCAUGUGUUUGACGAUGGACCCACACCUUCUGGGCAGAGGUUCUGUAUCAACAGUGUCUCAUUAAACUUCAAACCAGGCUCUAGUCAGUGAGAAGUGGCUCUCUCCAUCUUGAAGAACAUUUUUUCUCUACUCAUACAGGGAAAAAUGCCUGCGAAAAACUCUCAUGCUUUUAAUAUAUAACUCAAAUUUUAGCAUUUAUGCUGUAGUAGCUUUGUUUUCCAGCUCUUAUAAUUGUUGAUAAAAUGCAUAUUUUUGUUGUAACACUUUGUCAGUCUGUCUUUCCAUGGUUAAUGUGACAUGUUGAUCUGCUUAUUGUAUUUUUUAAUUAAAAAAAAUAAAUCUGUGCAAUGGUUCACAUUCACAGCUGUCAUCAUUAACUGUAUUGAGGCUGAAAUGAGGUGCUCUCCUGAACCUGACUGCCUAUUCUGAGCAGCAGUUGUGGCACUCAGGAACACAGAUGUACAUGGCUGAUCAUGGCAAAGCUUAUACUUCUGUAAAAUCAUCAUAUCCUUCUAAAGCAAGCAAAAAUAACGUGAAUCUUCAAAUAAGGUCUGGGGGUUUUUUUCCCCCUGAUGUGAGAGACCUUUAGCUGAGCCAAGUGACUUUUCUGUGAACCCAUAAAAGCAAAGUCCUGAAGGAAUACCUAAUUAAAACUAUUCCAGGCAAUGGAACCAGUGGAGACAUGGAGUCUUUCUUCCUUUAAAUCAAUUAUUUUGAUUCUGUGUCCAAUAGCAGAGUUGAAAUAGGACACGUUCCAAAAACUUCUCUUACAGCAAUUAUAUGAUAAUAAUAUAGUGAUAUGUGUAAUAUUUUCAGACUUCUGUUAUCCCUUGUAUAUUUCAGAAU